GAGAGGUCGAAGUCGUGCAGACGCUUACUGUUGUCCAAAACGAAACGAAGUGAUCAGCUGUUAUAUUUUGACAUUGACAAUGGAGGUAACAGAGACUUUUGGGAGGAAAAACAGCAAAGGUGGUGAUGACAUGAAGAAAGGAUCUCCCGACAGAACUGCUGGUGGACGAAGAAAGCUGCUGUCCCCAAUGCGGAGGUUUGCAUCAUCAGGCCAUGCUGGGGCGUUCCGACUCGUCUCACCUAUAGACAGUGACCAGGAACUCAAUGAUCUGGAGGUGGCCUCUGUGUUGGCAGAAGGGAACAAGGAAAGUCCAGAUUGUGUCUCGCCCUCAAAAUCAAAACGACAUGAAACACCAUUUCGUCCAACAACUGUGAUGACAAACCUUCAACGUGGUAACGUUCAGACCACUACGCCUUUGAUACUGAAGAACUUGACAAUUCAUCAGAUGGCAGCCCAGGGUGAAUUAGUGCUUUUACAGCAGGAAAUCUUGGAAGGGGCAGACAUCAACAAACCUGAUAGUGCAGGUAUGACAGCCUUACUGUGGGCAAGUGCUAAUGGUCAGCAGGCCACAACAGAGUUCCUGGUGGAGAAAGGUGCAGACGUCAAUGUGUCGGGGAAACAUGGGGAAAAUGCACUGCUGUUGGCAAGUGCGGGGGGAUACACUGAUAUUGUCUACUACCUCCUCAGUCUAGGCCUUGAUGUCAACUACAGCGACGAGUCGGGGAGCACUGGACUGAUGUACGCAUGCUACAGGAAUCAUACGGGCUGUAUACAGGCCCUUCUGGAGUAUGGAGCUGACAUAACGCACACAAAUGAAGAUCAGCUCACUUCCAUGGAUUUAGCAGUGGGUCAAGGUCACAAAGCAGCUCAGCAAACCAUUGAACAACACAUGCUGUCACUGUUUGGGAAUUUGAAUCGUUUUCUCCCUGACAAGCUAUGAUUUGGGAGAGCGAUUUACACUGUAUUGAAAGAUAAAAGAUGUGGGAAAAGUACAACCAUGUACAAAAUCAUCCGUCUGGACUUUGCCUAAAACUUGAGGAAUCCAAAACAAUAGACACUCAACUAGGCUAAUUGGUUAAGGAAUCCAAUGAUGGAGCCUGGCUACAAGUUAGAGCAUUCCGACUAAGGAGACUGGACCAAGCUAACAUGUUACGGAAUCUCUGCUAAGGAUACUGGACCAAGCUAACCUGUUACAGAAUCUCUGCUAAGGAUACUGGACCAAGCUAACCUGUUGCAGAAUCUCUGCUAAGGAUACUGGACCUAGCUAACCUGUAACAGAAUCUCUGCUAAGGAUACUGGACCAAGCUAACCUGUUACAGAAUCUCUGCUAAGGAUACUGGACCUAGCUAACCUGUUACAGAAUCUCUGCUAAGGAUACUGGACCAAGCUAACCUGUAACAGAAUCUCGGCUAAGGAGACUGGACCAAGCUAACAUGUUACAGAAUCUCUGCUAAGGAUACUGGACCUAGCUAACAUGUUACAGAAUCUCGGCUAAGGAUACUGGACCUAGCUAACAUGUUAAAAAUAUCUGACUAAGAAUACUGGACCUAGCUUACAUGUUACAGAAUCUAGGCUAAAAAUGCUGGACCUAGCUAACAUGUUACAGAAUCUCGGCUAAGAAUACUGGACCUAGCUAACAUGUUAAGGAUAUCUGACUAAGAAUACUGGACCUAGCUAACAUGUUACAGAAUCUCGGCUAAGGAGACUGGACCUAGCUUACAUUUGACCUAGCUAACAUGUUACUGAAUCUGUACUAAGGAUACUGGACCAAGCUAACAUGUUAAAGAAUCUAGGCUAAGGAUACUUGACAUAGCUAACAUGUUACGGAAUCCCAAUAAGGAUACUUGACCAACUAAUAUGUUACUGAAUCUCAACUAAGAGUACUUACUGACCUUAACCUGGCUUACAGGUUGGAAAAUACCAAUAAAGGACACAGGACCAGACUUACAGAUUAGGGAAUCCUAGCUAGCAUGUUACAGAAUCUCCACUAUGUAUACAGGAUCAAACCUGGCUUAAUUACAGGUUUGUGAAUCCGAACGAAGAACACUGGAUCACAUUCACGGAUUAGAGAAUCCUAACUAUAACCAACGUACCUAAUUCAUAGGUUAAAGAAUCCAUACUAGAGACACUGAACCUGGCUGAAAGGUUACGGAAUCCCAAAAUAGGAUACUUAACCUGGAAUAGGAAUGAGAGACUCCCAACUACAGACAAUAUAAUCUGAUUUAUUGGUUAGAAAAUCCGCGAUUAGAAUACUGUAGCUGGCUUCCAGUUAAGAGAAUCCCAACUGAAGACAUUGAACCGGACUCUAAAUUAUAGGUGUGAGAAUCUGAACUUACGGCACUGAACCUGACUUAUAAGUAAAGAAUUUCAACCAAGUACACUUGACCCGAUGUAUGGGUGAGGGACACCCAACUACAGAUAAGAUACCUAAGCCUUGGUUAGAGAAUCCGACCCAAAGACACUAGACCUAACCUGGCUUACAGAGUAUAGAAUUCCACCUAUGGACUCUGAACAUUGUUAACAGAUUAGGGACUCCCAAUAAGAGGCCCUGAGGACCUGUAUUGCUCACCUGGAUAUUUGAGCAUCAUGCGGAAAUGUUCUCAAUAAAAGUAAUUUUGCUAUUACACACAUAUUUUUAUAUAUCUAGUCUCAUUGGCUUAAGAAUGUUCCAGGCUAAAUUAAACUUUAUACUACUCUAUCCCAGCCUGCUACUGAUUAAAUAUCAUCACACUCA